AAGACCUGUGCUUGCAUGGAGGACAACAGGUGUGGAUUUAAGGACCGGUGAGUCAUGAUGUGGAAGAGGAGACAAUAAAGUGGAGCUUAUAUAUCGUCAGUAGCAGUUAGAUGCGUCUGCCCCCUUGUCUGUGACGAUGACGAUGAAAGGCUUGUCGAGUAGUCGGAGACACCAUCACACGGUGACCUGUGACCCCUCCUAUGACUCCAUGACCCUGGGGCGCCAAGCCCGGCCCUACCCGCUGAACCCGGGCAAUGCCCACCCGGCGGACCAACCUUACUAUGCCCAGCGAAGCUCCUUCCAGUCUGAGUGCGGGCCCUACCCUGACCCGGCUUGCAGCACCUUCCCCCGAAGACACUACAGCUCCCACCACGAACUGAAGGAUGAGUGUGCUGUGGUGCCUUACACCGGAGGCCAGGGGGGAAGCGUUAAGGGGGGCGGUGGUGGUGGUGGCAGCUGCAACAACAACCGCAUCCCCCCCAACCUUCUGGAGCAGUUUGAACGGCAGGCACCAGUGCGCCACGACGGCUACCACACACUGCAGUGCAAGUGCACAGCAGUGGAGCACCAGCGAAGCGACAGUCCUGGGAGGAUCAGGCAUCUUGUCCACUCGGUCCAGAAGCUCUUCACCAAGUCCCACUCCCUGGAAGGCCCGUCCGGGGAUAGGAUGAACGGGGGCAAGGCCAGCCCUGACGACCCGCCCUCCCACUCGGGCACCCUGAAGCACAGCAGCAAGCGCAGCAAGAGCAAAGACCGCAGCAGGUCGGAGCCCAAGAUGCGCUCUGCCAUCUCGGGCUACUGGAGUUCGGACGACACCCUGGACCGCGAGGUGUGCCUGUACCACCAUCACAGCCCCAUCCCGGGAGGCAUGCCCUCGGGGGUGAUGACCAUGGGCCGCCACCCAGGCAAGUCCCAGUCGCAGUACUUCAUGGAGCAGUACAACACCAUCAGCGCCCACUCGCUGAAGACGUCACGAAGCAACAACGACGUCAAGUGUUCCACAUGCGCUGGGUUGCCAGGCCUGGGCAUGGGGAUGGACGGGACUGGCCAGCUGAUGAAGAAGAGCUUGUGGUCGUCAACGCUGACGGUCAGUAGGGCCAGGGAGGUCUACCAGAAGGCAUCGGUCAACCUGGACAAAGCCCUGGUCAAGGCUGAGACCUGCCAGCAGGGAGGGCGCCAGACCUGUCAGUUCCUCCAGGUACCCCAGGACGAGUGGAGUGGGGGGUUCUCUCCCCUGGGGAAGGACGAGGAGAUCCCAUGCCGGCGUAUGCGCAGCGGCAGCUACAUCAAGGCCAUGGCAGAGGAAGAUAGCGGCGACUCAGACUGCAGCCCCAAGCCCUCGCCCAAGGUGCAGGCGCGCCGGGCCAGCUACCUGAAGGCCACACAGCCAUCACUCACCGAGAUGACCACCCUCAAGAUCUCCACUGAGUCGCAUUCUCCCAAGCUGCAGAUCCGGAGCCACAGCUACCUGCGUGCGGUGAGUGAGGUUUCCAUCAAUAGAAGCCUGGACGGCUUGGACACGGCAGGGCUGCUGGCCUCGCCCAAAUUCCGCUCGCGAAACGAGAGCUACAUGAGAGCCAUGAGCACCAUCAGCCAGGUGAGCGAGGUGGAGGUGAACGGGCAGAUUGAGGCAGUGUGUGAGUCCGUUUUCAGUGAGAUGGAGUCUCAGGCGGUGGAUGCCUUGGACCUCCCCAUGUCAGGCUGUUUCCGUAUGCGCAGUCACAGCUAUGUCCGUGCCAUCGAGAAGGGCUGCUCCCAAGACGAGGAGGACAGGGUCACCAUGGUGGGGGGCAACAUGAGGGCUAUCUCAGCCCCCCGGACCACCACCGUCAGGACCAUCCAGAGCAGCACAGUGUCGUCAUGCAUCACCACAUACAAGAAGACACCUCCGCCGGUGCCGCCGCGCACCGCCCCAUCCAAACCUGUCAUCUCCAUCACGGCCCAAAGCAGCACAGAAUCGGCCCAGGACGCAUAUAUGGAUGGGGGGUCGGGUGUCCGGACCCACAUCAGCACAUCUCAGCCCCGCCUGUCCAACUCCACUGAGAGCAUCGACAGUAUGAAGGCCCUGACGGCAGCUAUUGAGGCAGCCAAUGCCCAGGUCCACGGCCCAGCCAGCCAGCACGUCACCAACAGCACCAUCACCAUCACCGCCACCGCCACCACCACUGCUUCCAGCGACAGCAAGAGGGACGCGCUCCGGAAGUGCCUCUCCAUAGGGAUACAGGUGGAUGGACCAGAGGAGGUUGGGGGGACAGAGGAGCACUCCAAGUUCCAGUCAGUGGGCAUCCAGGUGGAAGAGGAGAGAUGUUACCGCAGGAUGACCAGGUCCAACAGUGUGACCACGGCGGUCCAGGCCGACCUAGACGACCCUGACUACUGUCCCGUCGAUGCCCCAGAGAUGGCGAUGCGCCACUCGGCCACCAUGCCCCGCCAGUACUCCCGGGACACCUCCACCGUCUCCAUCCAGGGCUCGGGAAACCACUACCACGCCCUGACCAUGGAGGAGUACGGCGAGGUAGGUUUCGACCCAUCCAUCCUGCCCCCACCGGACCCCUGGAUGGAUCAGGUGGAGGACCCCAUGGAGGUGGUGGGGGGAAGGGGGUCGUUGUGUCCCAGGGACGGGCGCUGGUUCCUCAAGCUGCUGCAGGCCGAGAUGGAGCGCAUGGAGGGCUGGUGCAGACAGAUGGAGCAGGAAGAGAUGGAGAACGAGCUUCCGGACGAGAUCCUGGGGAAGAUCCGCAGUGCAGUAGGCAGCGCCCAGCUGCUCAUGUCUCAGAGGUUCCAGCAGUUUCGGGAGCUGUGUGAGGAGAAUCAGAACCCCAAUGCCCACCCCAGGCCCAUCUCCCAGGAUCUGGCUGGUUUCUGGGACAUGCUGCAGCUGUCCAUCGAGAACAUCAGCCUAAAGUUUGAUGAGCUGCACCAACUCAAAGCCAACAACUGGAGACCCCUGGACCCCCCCGUGAUAAAGGAGAGACGGUUCGCCCCUCCAGUGCCAAAUAAGCCCCACAGGGGCCACCCUCCCCUGGCCAGGGACCGUUCUCUGGAGAGCUCCGAGAGACAGCGGCUAGAGGCUCGCAAACGCCUGCUGGCCGCCAAGCGGGCCCUCUCGGUCCGACAGAGCUCGGUCACCGAGAGUGCAGCAGACAGUAUUGAGAUCUACAUCCCCGAGGCCCAGACCAGACUAUGAGACACACACAGAUAGAGACAGAGACCGCCCCCCCCCAUACACACACAUACAAACACAAACACCCACCUACAAAGGUGCACGCAAACUCCCACAAAGGCACACACACAGCACUGAAUGGCGAGGGUGCUUGUAAUAUAAUCACAUCUUUAUUUACUUCAACAAAAGAGUGGGGACGGUCACAGCAGAGCUGGUUGAGUGAGAAUACUGUAUAUUUAGAAAUGUUUAGCCUUCUCUCCAUUUGAUCCUCUCCAUUGAACUUUCAGCUUUGAUGUAGCUCCCCCCACUCCUUACUCCCAACGACGUUUCUUCUUGUGAUGUCAACUCUUCUUACCGAUAUUCCACCAACCAAGUGACCUGUUGUCACCCAAACAACAGGUAUACCAGUACCACAGCAUUGAUGCAUAAUGUAUAAUGUUUCUGAUUCAUUGGAACAGAAGGCAGGUUAGGGAGGGAGGGGUAGUGUACUAGUGGGUAUAGACCGAGCACUGUCAGGGCACACCAGCUAAUCCUGUUGGGUGUCAAACAGCCUGAUACAGCGUCUGUGUCCCAUAUGACACCCUAUUUCUUAAAUAGUGCACUACUUUUGUGCACUACCUGGUCAAAAGUAGUGCACUACAUAGAAAAUAGGGUGUCAUUUGAGACACAGCCAACCUCUCUACUCUGGUAACCGUGGGUGAGGCUGCUACUGUGACUCACAGCACAAUGACAGCAGACAAUAGGGAAACCCAGUCUCUCUACCCCUGUGGGAUACUACUGUCACCGGGUUCAUAACACACACACACAAGCACAUGUGCACAUACGCAUGGACGUUCACUCAUGCGUGUGUGCACACAGACACGUGCACCCGCACACACACCUGUUCUAAAGAGAGGUUUGAGGUAAUUUACCUAAACCUCUUUGAGUUGUUAGGAGAGAACACCUGAGACAUAUCUAAGACCUUCUGGAGACAUACAAGACAUCGAGACAUCUACAGUAGGUAGCAGCGACCAUUGAAACUGUCCGUUUUAAAUGUUUCAAUUAGGAUUCAAUCCUAACUUCAAUUGAAGUCACAUUUUCACUUAGUCAUGCAUUGAUGUCAAUGGAAGACUAAGUAAAAAUUUGACUUAAGUAUAACUUAGGAUUCGCCCCUUAUUAUUGAAAUCCAGGAAACAGCAGCUCUAUAUAACUUGGCAAUGAAAUCACAAACAAAAGCAUUUUAGUCAGUCACCAUAUUUUAAAAACAAUGAAAUACAAAGAAAAAUGGUAUACACUAAUGGUUUGAUACAAUGAUUUUAGUCCAACACCUAUGAACACCUUGAUUUUCUAUUAGAGCAACAUACAUUUAUCACAUGCUGUUUAGUUAUAUUAUUUAAAACCGCAAAGCUGAGAGACUUUGCGCAGUAGCUGAAUCAACACAGUCGGAAGGUGUUCAACCUAGACAAUAAUAGCAAUGUAAAAUCCAAACCUUUUAUAAAAUGGGAUUUGGGUGAGAGGUGUAGCGUAGGGAUUCGUAGUAUUUACCAAUAAUCAAUACAGGUCUUUGUAGAGUAAAAAAAAAAAAAAAAAAAAUACAUUAAAAACUGUGUGUCGGACAAUGACACUAUUCUUCCUUUUCUCCAAAUGCAGUCUUUCCAGUUGCAGGACCAGUGGUUUGAUUCUGCUGUACUCUCCUAUUUCUGAACUUUAGGGGUUAUAGGUCACAGGGUGUCUGUCUACCCCCAGAUGUGGUAGGAUUCUAGGGUCGACAGCGCUAAUCCUGCCUGGUAGUCAGGUAUGGAGUUAGGUGAGCUCAUAGCAAGCUCUCAGAGAGAGGUCAGUGCAGUGAAAUCAGGGUCUGCCAGAAUAGAAAUUGUGAUUGACAUUUUAGCAGACGCUCUUAUCCAGAGCAACUUACAGGAUGAUUUAGGGUUAGGUGCAUUGCUCAAGGGCAG